AUUGGCUGGACUUUAGCACUGAAUCAACAAGAAGGGAAGUAACAAAGAAAAGGGAAUCUUGAGAGUCCAGGUAGCCGGCUCCAGACCCAACUAGGAAAUAAUGGCAAAAUUUCUGUCUCAGGAUCAAAUUAAUGAGUUCAAGGAAUGUUUCUCCCUCUAUGACAAGGAACAAAGGGGGAGAAUAAAAGCCAAUGACCUAAUUGUGGUGAUGCGAUGUCUGGGGGCCAGCCCGACCCCAGCAGAAGUGGGAAGACACCUGCAGGAUCAUAAACUAGACAGAAAUGCAGAGCUGGAUUUCUCUACCUUCCUUACCAUCAUGCAUAAGCAAAUGCAACAAGAAGAGCCACAAAAAGAAAUUCUAUUGGCCAUGUUGAUGACUGAUAAAGAGAAGAAGGGGUACAUCACCGCGGAAGAGCUAAGAUCCAAACUCACUAAACUGGGAGAACGGCUAACUCACAAGGAAGUGGAUGAUCUCCUGAGAGAAGCUAAUAUUGGACCAAAUGGCAAAGUGAAAUACAAUGAAUUUAUCCAAAAGAUCACCCUUCCUACACCAGAUAACUGACUUGGAUAUAUAUGGAUACAUGGAGUCAUUUCUGAAAUGUGAAAACAUCUGAUACUCAAUUGGAUUUCUUCCUAAGGGGAAUGGUAAUGUCAUACCUAAAGUGCUACCUUAUGUUUCUGCUGCAGACACAAGAAUUUAGCUAUGAUGAUACAAAUAAAGUUGUUUUUAACAAUGCUAUGAUCUUAACAAA